GUCAAGCAUGUAUUCAUCUGAGGAGGAAUGUUACUCUAGGAAAAUCAAGGAAGAACAUUCCCACACCAUCCUGUUCAACAUCCUUAACCGUACAGACAGCUGUGCUCUGGGGGAGGAUGACUGGAGCUCUCUGAUGCAUAGCUGUCAUUGUGAACAGCGACGAUUGGUGUGCUUGAAGAACCCAGAGAGAACCUGCAAGGCAGCUAGUCAAGUGUUGCUAAAGACCAUGUGCUUCAUGAGAAGCCUUCCUUCCUUCCACCACCUCCCAGGUUUGGAUCAGUUUUUACUUCUCAGGAGCCACUGGGUCCAGCUGUUCGUCCUGGGUCUCGCACAAGAGCGUGUGACGCUGGACGUGGCCGACUUCCCCACGACAAGCUUCCUACGCAAGAUCUUGCUGCAGGACCAAAAUGAUGACACUGAACAUGGUCCAUCAAACCUGGCAGCUGUGCAGAAUCUCAGAUCAUGCUUGGACCAACUCUGGAGGCUUGAUCUCACUCCUAAAGAAUAUGCGUACCUCAAGGGUACAAUAUUAUUCAACCCAGACGUCCCUGGGCUGAUAAACCGCAAGCUCAUCGAGGAACUCCAGAGAGAAUCUCAGCGACUUCUGCAUCGAGCCAUUCACAAACUUCAUCCACAUGACCACACUCGACUACCCAGUGUCCUGCUGACAGCCUCGUCGCUAGACACUGUAACCCAACACUUUUUGACCGAACUGUUUUUCAGACGCAUGAUCGGUCAGACAAAUCUCCUGGAACUGCUGACUGAGAUUCUUUUCAGUACAGGACGGUUUUAACCUGAAGGAGUCCAGCUGAUGUUACUGGAUUGGUGUCCACUUCCUAGUUUUAGUUCUAAGGAAUGAGCAAGCCUGAGGUGAUGGUGGUGAGGAAAAACUCCCUGAGGUGAGAUGAGGAAACCUUGAGAGGAACCAGACUCAGAAGGAGACCAGAGAGUGUGAUUGUAAACACACAAUGGAACUGAUGGAGAACUCCAGUAUCUCAUAUAUCCACAUGUCUCCAUCCUCAGCAGCAGCCUCAGUGCUGAAACUCCAGCCAGAAGCAGGUGUGGAAUUAACG